AGAAAGAAAAUAAUUGACAACUUCAACGAUGCUGAAUUACAGUCGGUGUCGAGAAAAAUUAAAAUAAAAUUUUGCUAUAAAUAUUUUCAUACAAUGGAAACGAUAUACAAUUGUUUAUCAUCCUAUUUAUUGUUUUCUCCAUUUUCCACUCUGUUCAUCACAAUGCAUACCUGCGCUUCGGUAGAAUUGCCGCCAUCGCGGUAAGUCAUUUGUUUUUAUCUUUUGUUACGGCUUCGCUCGAUGAGUUUUUUGUUGUUACUUUCUCAUAUUUGCCGGCAUCAUUUAAUUAUAUAUGUAUGACUCGCUACCUAUGUACCGACAUAGGUAAAAUAGCGAGUAAACAGGCAUUAAUACAGUUUAGUGACUGCGCAGUUAGCAGCGCAGUUGACGCAAUAUAAACUGCAAGAGAGAAUCGUCAUUGUUAGCAUAAGCCAUAGUAGGGAGGCAAGUCAAAAAUAUACAUCGAUGUUUUUUGCGAUAUAAUGCAUCAAUGCAUUUCGAUGUAUCAUAUAAAUAUAUCGACAAAUCGAUGCCCUGAAGAAAUACAUCGAUAUAUCGAUGCAUAUCGGAAGGUCCAAGGCACUUGAUAUUAACUCUGAAAAAAAAUUAAAAUCGGGAAAAUUGAAGAAAAGUUACAGCUUUUCAAAAAUGUGUGAAAAUAAUGAAGAAAUUCGCUAUAUUUUGAAAUUUUUAUUUAAAGAUGGGAAGAAUGCCACACAAGCCACAAAUGCAAUUUGUGAGGUUUACGGAGACGAUGCUGUAUCGGUUCGUGUAGCACAACAAUGGUUCGCUCGCUUCCGUUCUGGAAAUUUCGUUGUGAGAGAUGCACCUCGCUCUGGUCGACCUAUCGUUGAAAAAGUCGAUGAAAUUAUGGAAAAGAUUGAACUGGACCGUCACAUAAGCAGCCAUGACAUCGCAAAGGAACUUAACAUUCAUCAUCAAACGGUUUUGAACCAUUUAAAAAAGGCUGGCUACAAAAAGAUGCUCGAUGUUUGGGUACCACAUGAAUUGUCUGUGAAAAAUUUAAUGGAUCGAAUUAACAUCUGUGAUUCUUUGCUGAAACGAAAUGAAAUCGAACCAUUUCUGAAGCGAAUGGUAACAGGAGACGAAAAGUGGAUCAAAUACAAUAAUGUGCGAAAAAGAUCAUUGUCCAAGCGUGAUGAAGCUCAAGAAAUGGACGCAAAGCCAUUAUUGACGCCUAGAAAGGUUAUGCUGAGUAUUUGGUGGGAUUGGAAAGGAAUCAUCCACUAUGAGCUGCUGGAGCCUGAUCGAACGGUUGAUUCUACAUUUUACUGUCAACAAUUGCUGAGAUUGAAGCAAGCAAUCGAAAUUAAACGGCCAGAACUGAUGAACAGAAUCGUCUUCCAUCAGGACAACGCUAGACCAUACACAUCUUUGAUGACUCGGCAAACACUGGGGGAGCUUGGCUGGGAAGUUUUGAUGCAUCCACCAUAUAGCCCUGACCUUUCACCAUCAGACUACCAUUUGUUUCGGCCAUUGCAAAAUUCCCUUAAUGGAGUAAAUUUGGAUUCAAGAGAAGCCUGUGAAAAUUACUUGAAGCAGUUUUUUGCCGAGAAACCAGAAAAGUUUUACACUGAUGGAAUAAUGACUCUACCGGAAAAAUGGCAAAAAGUGGUAGACCAAAAUGGUACAUAUUUGGUUCAUUAAAGUUCAUUAUAAAUAUGAAAAAAGUUAAGUUUGAUUAGAAAUACGAAAAGACUCUUUCGACUAUCCUAUAUUUAUAUUUUAAAAAUAUAAACUUUCUUAUCUACUGAUAACUAUAACUACAAUAGUAUAAAUCGUUGUUAAAUAAUUAGUUAAAUUCUCUCCUUUCAUUUUUUACCACAUUUUACUGUAAGUUCGUUUUCGUUAUGUUUCGUAAAUUGACUUGAUGAAAUAUACUAAGAAAACCAGUAAUAAAAAAAGAAAAAAACAAAUGAAAUGAAACAAAAUAUAUAUAAAAUAUGAACUAAAGACAUUUAUUUUCUUUUAAGCAUGGAAAAGAUAAAAAUUUCAGGCAAGCAUUGAUACAACAAAAAAAAAACCAACAAAAAUUAGUGUAUUGUAUAUGCGAAAUGAAAAGCAGCAAACCAAAAGUUAUACAGAGAGACAUAAACACGUGCAUACAAAAUUAUCUGAAAAUGGACUUAUUAAGGUGUAGACAAGUUUUUAGAAAAAGCAAAAAAAAAAAACAUUUGUCUUUUGCAAAUUUUAUUUGCAAACAAUUCAUUUAACAAAUGUAUGUACAUAUCUAUGUAUAUUGAAAGCAACACAGCACCAAUAUAAGAAUUAAAGUUCAUAAUUAAACAAAUAUUAAUAUUUAAUCUUGAACCAAUCUAUACAAAUCAGAGAAAAAAAGUUAGUUCAUGAAUUUAAUAUAUUCAGAAAGGUAUGUAUAUACUUAUGUAUAUAAAUAAAUAUAGAUUUGAGACAGAAAAUUGCGCGCGGAUUGUUACCCAGAGGACACUUGGUCAAAGACCGGAAGUCAUGAGCUGCUGGAGCCAUAUGUAAAAGAAUCGUUUCUGGCCACUCCCAAGUGAAUGGCGAUCAGAAAACUUUUGUCACUUGCGUGAACUUCUUAUCCUUUUUGUUUCCUGUUUCCUGUAGAUACUUGAGGAGUACCACUUCAGGCAACUUACAUCCUCAUCCUCUUAAAGUCGAGAAAUUGUUGAAUCGAAAGUCUUUAGAAGGCUGUGAUCAGUAGGAUUAAACAUUUAAUACAAACUUAAAAAAUUAUAACGUUAAAACUGUUUGCUUAUUUUAUUACUAGAUUUGCUUACACAUGUUAUUUACAAUAUGACUUUCGAAAUCUAUUGUGAUCGGGGAUGCUGUUGUCAAGAGCCGUUACAAAUGUAGAUGUACACAGCCUGAAUUUCAAUUAACUAAUUGAAAAGAGUUGAUUAUUGUGUAAGCUUAUAAUACUUUUACAAUUGAUAAACUUCUAGAAAAUAUAUAUUUAUUUAAUGUUAAAUUAGUUAGAAACAUUUUUUAUCAAUAAAAAUUUAAUUUUCUUAAUUUUGUGUCAAAAUACAACUCUGGCUGAAUUACUCGUUAUGCGAAUUCGUCACUUCCACAUUCGUUAUUUUUUCAUUGUGCAAGUUUUCUACCGAGACAAGCUUCUUGUACAAGUACAGUUCUUGAACAAAUUCAUUCCGAUUUUAUAGUGAAGUGAAGCGGUUAGAUUUUUAUUAAAUUCGUGAAAUUUAUUAAUCAAACUUUUGAUCAAAUUCGUGGUGUUUUC